AUGUGUUCUGACUAUCAUGAUUUGCCUGGAACAUCAGUGGGGUGUUUGUCUGAACAAACUUGGUAUCAUGGAAUGACAACGCGAAUACAUUCCGAGUCUAUUCUCAAAGAAGAGGGCGAAUUUCUUGUUCGAGACUCCAUAAGCCAAUCUGGAGGAUAUGUACUGACUGUUCGAUGGAAAGGGAAAGCUCUUCAUUUUCAAAUAAACUCAACUUCAGAGAAAGGAAGAAAAAUGUAUCAUUUCGAGGAAGAAUAUUUUGCUACUGUGCCACAUUUAAUAAAUUUCUACACUGCUCAUAGGCGCCCUAUCACUUUAACAAGCGGAUGUCUUAUAAAAAAACCCGCCGAACGGCAAACAAGUUUCGAGGAUAAAAACAAAGAACUCGAAGCUAGCUAUAUGCAUAUUUUCAGGCCCGGAUCCCUUUUGAACCAGCCUCAGCGUACUCUCAGUCAACAAGCAAUUCUCAAUCAAGCUUCACUCAGGCAAACCUUACAAAAUAACUGCAAAAGUUCUCCUAGGCCUUUUACAACAAUAUCUGAGAAAAUAUCGGUUCCUCCUUUAUCUGCUUCGCUGAGUCGACGACCUCUUCCAGUACCAAUAAAAUCAACAUCUAAUGGUGAUGCCGAAGACUACUGUGAUAUCGAUUAUGAUGCUAUGGAAGACAUAUUAGACGCCUCAUCUUCCAACGAUCAUAAAAUUAUUAAUGGAAAUAUCCAAUCCUGGCCAGACGCACAGUUAUCUCGUCAAUUCCAAUCUUGUUUUAACCUACGAUCUUUCUCCCCUGUGCCGUCAUAUAAGAGUUCUUCUAGUUGUUUAACGGAGAGGCCACCAUUACCUCCAAGACCUAUUAAUCUUAUAGAGAAGUGUCGAUCAGUGAAUAUUCUCGAUAGUAUUCCCAAGGAAACGGGAAAAAAAUUUUCAUCUGAUUUGGAUUAUGAUAAUCCCAGAGCCCCCAAAACCAAUAAUGAUUAUGAUAUGUUGCUCCAUGAUCAGGAAAAAACAGGAUCUAGCAACUAUUCAGAUUAUGAUGCAUUAGCUUCUGAGAAGCAAUAUAGGCACUCUCGCCAACGCGACUCGGGCGUUUACACAUCCCCUUCUCCACCGAAUGAAAUCACGAAUGUUUUCUCUCAUGUACAUUGUAGUCAAUUGAGAAUUUUUUUGCUUCAUAGCUCACCAAAUGAGUUUGCUAAAGCGAUAACUCACGAUGAUGUCAAGCUAUUGCAAUCUUGUGAAACCGGGGAGAUGCCCGAUAUCAACAACGGUUUGCGUCAGAUUCUUUUACCCAUAGGAACAAAUCUAAGAGCAUCCUUGCUCAUAAGAUCGAGGCAACUCCAAGUUGCAGUUUUGUUGUCAAUUAUCACCUCCCCUCGUUCUGAAGUCAUUAAGAUUGUUGAACAGUGGAUUCAAACUCUAGGUUUUUUACUUCACUCGGAAAAGAACUUUUUUGGUUUUGCAAACGUCAUAAUAGCUUUAGAAGCAAGACAAUUGAAAUCUCACCAAUGGCUAUGGAGCUCUUUAGAUUCAGCUACAAAAGCUCUAUACGAUCAGCACCGACACUGCUAUAACUCGCAUUUGUCUCAAAUAAUUGAUAAUACUCUUCCUGUUUCCAUUCCUUUUCUUCAACCUAUUUUACAAAUUUUUUCUGGAUUAGAAGGCUCGGGUUUGGAUGGAAAUUCAUUUUGCUCUGACUUAGAUUCUCUGUGGUUCUGGUUAGAUAAUGCACGAUCUUGGUUAGCAAGUUCUCAUGAUGCUAACAACCUUCUUAAAAAACAAAUAAAUCAUCUUAAGCCAUUCAGUGCGACUCCACUUUCUGUCUUGAAACUAGAUAGGUUAUUCCUCGAUAAUGCCGAUAUCUUUGAAGAAGAUCGUUUUGUCUCCACGGUUGAUUAUCUGCAAAAAAUGGUUCAGGAUGUUAUAUAA